AUGCGUCUGCGUCUGGCCUACAUUCCAAUGGAUAGCAAUCUCUCCGAACAGCGAAUAGCCAGUAUAGCUGAAUCUUUUUCUGCAGUAGCCUUCAUCACUGAUGAUGAUGAGGUCAAACCUGAACUCGGCCAAGUUCCUUUGUUCACCUUUUCUGAAUUACUCAGCCAGGCUGAAGCAAGUGGUUGUAAAAACUUGGAACCUCUCUUCACGGGUAUGAUGAACCCCGUAAUUCUGCUUCUUUUCACCUCCGGCAGCACUUCACCAAUUCCAAAAUGCAUUCUACUGCGAAACAGUCAACUUGCCAAUCGUCUUUCUUGGCAAUGGAGUUCUGCGUCUCCCUUAGCUGGAAUAACUGGCCCACGUCUUGCGAAAACAUCCUGGCUCUUUGUAGACGCCUUCACAGAAAUGUUCGGACCUUUAUUAGGUGGUCAAACUGUUGUUGUGACUGGGAAUUCCACCAUCAGCAGUGAGAGACUUGUCUCCGAUGCCGAUUUUUUAGGUCGUUUGGUCAGUCGUUUUCAGAUUGUACAAAUCACCAGUGUACCUUCGCAGCUGGAAUCUUGGUUGAAGCAGUUGGACAGGGAGUCAGAAGCAUUUAAAUCUCUCAGAGCAAUCGUUUCAAGUGGACAAAUACUGUCCUUCACUUUGGCAAUGAGAGUGUUUGAGGUGCUUAGACAUCGACCGCUACGACUGUUGAAUCUCUAUGGAAGCACGGAAGUAGCUGGAGAUAUAACUGCAUUGGCAUUUGAUGGUAAAGAAGAGAUCCUCUCUGUAGCAGUCAAAUCGCCUGCAGGUGGUCUUGUGCUGCCUGUGGGAAUCCCGAUCCCAAAUGUUGAGAUUUAUGUUGUGAGCGAGGGUUGUCAGGAGGAUUCAAUCACUCCGGUAAACAUAGGCGAGGAGGGUGAAGUGAUGGCGUCCGGUGCUGCAAUUCUGGUGGAGGAACCAAUAAUGGCCGACCGAAGUCCCAGGCAAGUCUUAAGCCUAUCUGUCACUUACUCCCAGUUCCUUCUUUGGGCCAAACUCCACAGACAAACUGUGUCUCUGAUGAAUAAUACUUUGUCCACACGGAUCUGUUUCUCACGACUCUUUCGCACUGGUGACGUGGGGUUCGUUUCUCCAACAAACGGUUACCUUUAUGUCACUGGACGCGUAGACGACAUGGUGAAGGUGAACGGCGUAAAGAUCUGCGUUGGUAACAUCGACCAACUCCUGACCAAACUCCGAUAUGAAGGUGGGAGGUUUGCAGGUCUUGGCACGACCUUGACUGUUCCCGUGGAGAAGGGCGAGAUGAACCUACGUCUAGUCUGCUUCUACCAGCGGGAAACUAAUUGUGACUACUCCUUCACCAAUGCCGAUCUUGUCGAGGUGGUGAGAACUCACUUUUCGGCCUUUCUCAAUGUCACCUUCUUAGAGGUGCCUUCAUUUCCCAUUCAAAAGAAAUCAGGGAAGAUUGAUAAGGUAAGAUUAAUCCGGAACUUUCAGAACGGCCUCUACGAUCAAGUGGCGCGUCCUGUGGAUAGCUCUGUGAAGGUCGCGACGUCGGCAGCAGAUAGCCAACGUGAGGCUAUUCGACGAGUGUUUGCAAAGCAUCUCGGUCUCUCUGAGGCUGCUGAAGCCAAUGGUGAGCCCAGUGAUGAAAAAGACUUCUUCCUUAUUGGAGGCGAUUCAAUUAUGGUUGCAGGUAUAGUAUCUGAAUUACGGAAACAGGGUUUCAGAGUAACCCUGAGUGACUUCGCGGUGAACAAGAAAAUUGGUGAAAUUCUGGACAUACUCGUGAGCCAACAUCCCUUGGAUCAGGAGAAGUCACCUUCAGAUCUCAAAAAAAGACCAUUUGUUCGUCAAUAUGAACCGGGAAAAACAUUUUUUGAUCAACCUUUCCACGAUAAAUACUGCAGAGAUGUGAUUGCUGAUAUUAUUGCCGAGUCCUUUGUGCAACAUGAGCCUUUGGCGCAAAUGAUAGAUCUGAGUGUAAAGACAAUGCGUCAAAUCGUUUUUGGUCGAUUGAAGCAAUUCGAAAGCAUGCAGGGUCUUGUAUAUGUAGCAGGGUUUACUAAUGGCGAUCCUGACGGUCCACUUGAAGCCUUGCUUCCAGAUGUCUACGCAGCGACACUUGGUUUUCCAGCCUCCAAUCCGCCCGCUCCAGGAGUUGAAGAUCCGCUUUACUACCAUGUAGAGGAGGCAUUUGAAGUAUGUGAUACUGAGGCUGGUGAAUUGGAUGAUGCUAGCAAAUGCUUCUCUUCGGGACUGCUUGGGGCAAGACACGACAAUAUAGAUGGUGGAGAAAGGAUCCAACUUCUAACCCUUUUAGAGAAAGCACUUAUUGACGGUGUUAGCAAAGGUGGAUAUACGGCACUUCGAUCCGUCAACACGUCUGUAGUGACACAGGUUAUGGCAGAAGAACUGGGCUAUGUUUACAACUGCACUGUGGAUCUUGCCAGCAUCUUGGAGGCUCGUGGAGUCAAAUGUAAUCGGAAAAGCCUGCUCAGUAAAGUGGCUACACUGAAAAUAGUUGCGGAAAAAUGA